GCGAUCAAGUCGAGUACUAGACGGUUGAGAAGUAAACAUUUAGUCGUCCGCUCGUUUUGCCGCAGUAGGGUUGUUCUCGCGAUCUAAAAAUACCGCGGCCGCGUCGAGUUUUAUCGAAAAAAAAACAAGUUCCCAAUGACAGUAAGUGAGUAGUUAAAACUCUCCAAAUAAUCCAAGUGAACCGUGACUGUGCUGUUAGUUUAACUAACUUUUAGAAUACCGUUUAUUUGGUGUUUUCGCGGUAAUCCGUUGUAUUGUUAGUGGUUCAAUGUUGCACCUAUAAGAGGAUGUUAUCACUACCGUCCAUGCUUCUAGGAACACACUGUUUUGAACUUUGAUGGGAUUUAACAACCGGUGGGCGGUGUCGGUGUGAUGGUGCGGGCGUCCACGGUGCUGCUGCUGGUUGCUCUGGCUGGCGCCGCCGCCGUGGACUCCGAGCUGGGCGUCGGGAAGGCCAUCAACAUAUUCAUGAGAUAUGGCUACCUCAGCAUAUGCAUGCGAGUCGUGCCGCGAAACGACACCGAAGGCUGGGUGUUCCGCGAGCCAACCGUCAGCGUGUUCCGUGACGUGGAACGCUUCACAGUCGCGCCGAAGCCUCGCCAGCCGAAGACGCUGUUCGACGGAGACUUCCACAUGGAGUUCUGCGAUAACUUGAAGCAGCUGCUGCAGGCGUACUUUAGGGACUUUACUUUUGAGAGAUUGGAGCGGCCAUGGCGUGCGUUCACGGCGGGCUGGCCCACGGACAUCAUGGCGCGAAACCUCGGCAUCAACUCCUCCUUCAUCAACGGCGACCACUGCUAUGUGCUGGUCAGGGUGUCAAGAUUCCGCGAAACAGCCAAGUUAAGCGACUUGCCAUCCAACAUAUCGAUCGAGGACGUGGUGUUCGAGGCCAUCCAGGAGUCCGCUAUAGGAGACACGGUAUCCAUAGCCGACUUCAUUCGCAAGUACGGCUCGCACUACAUAGCUUCGUACGUCACUGGUAACUCCUUGUAUCAGGUGUUCGUAUACACAAGGAGCGUGUACUCCAGGAUUAAGGAGCGUGUCAAACUAAAGGGCGUGUCAGACAUCCCGCAGACGGAGAUGAACAACUUCUUCUCGCCGAUAUUUGCGCAGCAUGUCGGAGCUGUCAAGGUGUUUGUGUUCUCUAGAACGGCCUACUCUAUGAUUAAAGAGCGGCUAAAGAGCAAGGGCGUGGCCGACAUUACUGCCAAGGAAUUGGAAGGGUAUUUCUCGCCUUGGCACGCGAAGCAUAUAGGCCAGAUCAAGGUCGCCAGUGGAAAUAAAACAGUUGAAAGCUGGGCAAUGAAGCGACUCCGAGUCCACUACUACAUAUUCUCAUACCCCAGCCUCCUGAAACUUCAUGGAGAACCAGCCCUACUGAGAAACCUCGACAGUCUCCUAGGAAACGAAGCCUUAUUACAACUAGAAUUAAAGACAUUAUCGCCUGCCUUCAAAGAUGCCAAGAAGAAAAAGUGGUUCGAGGAGGUCAUAGACAAUUAUUUAAAAUUGUGGGAGAGUAAUAUGUGAUGAACGGAUACAAAUAGGUUAAUUAAUAUUAGACAAUAAAUUGUAAUUUGUAAUGUGAUAGAUCAAUACAAUGAAUUGACGAUGAUGGGUUAAGGUCAUUUACAUUGCUACGUGCCAUGCGUGAUACAUAAAAAUACUGUGUCUGUGUCUGCCACGUACUAAUGUGAAUUUACCUUUAGUAUUAGUAUUUUGAUGAUCAUCAUAGGUAAUUUAUAAUUAACUGGUCACAAAUAGAUUGUAAUAAAUAAGUAUACAGGGUGUUAGGUAAAUGGGUAUAUGAACCGACACUAGCCCAUGUUAACAUGGGCAUAUAAAUGGUAUGGUGAAGUCAGAAAAUUGAUAUCUUUAUUUUAAUUAUUUUAAUUUUCAUACAAAUCGGAUUUUAUAAAAUUUAUUUUGUAUGAAAAUAAAAUAAAAUAAAAUGGUGAUAUCUUUCUGACUUCACCAUACCAUUUAUAUGCCCAUGUUAACAUGGGCUAGUGUCGGCUCAUAUACCCAUUUACCUAACACCCUGUAGAUGGCAUACAAUAUUUUGCUAUAGUAACAUGCCAAAUAUAACUAAAUACCUUCCUAAAUUUAUUUAUUUGACUUCUAUUUAAUGAAUUUACGAAGUACAAUAAAUGGAAUUAAAAAAUU